UCGUGGUCCGAGAGCUUCGGGUCAAGGAGAACAGCGGACACUGACUCUCCUUUAAGGAGACAGGAAUUUUCAAGAUGAAUUAUACUGAUUCCAGCCCAUUGGCAGAAUCUACUACAAUAGGUUUUACACCUGAGUUAGAGAGUAUUAUACCUGUGCCUUCAAAUGAGACCACUUGUGAAAACUGGAGAGAGAUACAUCAUCUGGUUUUUCAUGUAGCAAAUGUUUUUUUUGCAAUUGGGUUGAUUAUUCCAACUACUCUUCAGCUCCAUAUGAUACUUCUUAGGGGGAUGUUAGCUAUAGGAUGCUCCCUUUACAUCGUCUGGGCCACUCUCUACCGAUGUGCCUUGGAUGUCAUGAUCUGGAACUCUGUGUUCCUCAGUGUCAACAUUUUGCAUCUUUCAUAUCUUUUGUACAAGAAAAGACCGGUAAAGAUUGAAAAGGAACUCAAUGGCAUCUACCGACGAUUGUUUGAACCACUCCGUGUGCCUCCAGAUUUGUUCAGAAGAUUAACUGGACAGUUUUGUAUGAUCCAAACCUUGAAAAAGGGUCAAACUUAUGCUGUGGAGGAUAAAACCUCAGUUGAUGACCGCCUGAGUAUUCUCCUGAAGGGAAAAAUGAAGGUCUCCUAUAGAGGACAUUUUCUGCAUAACAUUUACCCCUGUGCCUUUAUAGAUUCUCCUGAAUUUAGAUCAACUCAGAUGCACAAAGGUGAGAAGUUCCAGGUCACCAUUGUUGCGGAUGAUAACUGCAGGUUUUUAUGCUGGUCAAGAGAAAGAUUAACUUACUUUCUGGAAUCUGAACCUUUCCUAUAUGAAAUAUUUAGGUAUCUUAUAGGAAAAGACAUUACAAAUAAGCUCUACUCAUUGAAUGAUCCCACCUUAAAUGAUAAAAAAGCCAAAAAGUUGGAACACCAGCUCAGCCUUUGCACGCAGAUCUCCAUGCUGGAAAUGAGGAACAGUAUAGCCAGCUCCAGUGACAGCGAGGACGGCUUACACCAGUUUCUUCGGGGCACCUCCAGCGUGUCCUCUCUUCAUGUGUCAUCCCCACACCAACGAGCCUCUGCCAAGAUGAAACCAAUAGAAGAAGGGGUGGAAGAUGAUGAUGAGGUCUUCGAACCCGUGUCUCCAAAGACAUAUAAAGUCCACCAGUUGCCUUGAUCGGAGAGAAGAGUCCAGUUACCAAGAUGAAAACUGUCUUGAAGAGAUCCUGAAAAAUACCAGCACUUUUUCACCGCUUUUAGAUUCUUCUUCUUUAGGCCAUCCAGAGGGGUACAGUCUGAAGGCAGAAAUGUGAGGGAGAGUCACAAACAGGAAGGGUAUUCUAGCUCUCUUUGUUUGGUCAGCUUUUUAAGGGGUCGUUUUCCUGAGCCUUCUGACUAAAACUGGUUCUAUUUUGAGAUAUGUAUUUUCACGGUAUUUUCUAGAUACACUACCAUUUUAACUUUAAAAAAAUCUUAGAGUUCUGUCAAAUGCCUUCUCACUUAUUUUUCCAAGUUGUGGUUCAUCUUCC